AUGUCGGGCCAGAGAGUCACCUCUGUUGAUACAGAGGGUGACCUCGGCGAGGAUGCCAGAAGCUCCCUCCAGCGAUUACCCGAAGGGAGUGUUGAAACGCCAAGCGGCAACUCAUUGUCCACUCAAGGGAUAUUUGCGACUCCGGAAAACGACUCUUUUCACCAAUUAUACACCUACAGCGACUUGGACUCGACAGCGCAAGAUAUCAGAUUGAUCCACGUCUUCCAAGAUGAGCACUGUGAUCUGAUUCAGUGCGAGUUCCUCCCACAGUCAAGCCUUCAGGAAGCCAUCGGAAGUUACCACACCCUGUCUUAUUGUGCGGGAGACCCGUUAGAGACAGAGACCGUCCUCUUGCAAGGUAUCAAGUUCAAUGUGUUCGCCAACUUGAAACAUGCCCUAGAGAAGACUCUAUCAGUCUGGAAGUCCAAGUAUCCAGAAGAAGAAUGCGUCCUCUGGGUCGAUCAAAUAUGCAUCAAUCAGCGGAGCGAUGCUGAACGAUCGCAUCAGGUCGGCCUCAUGCGGGAUAUUUACACCAACUCCCGAAGGACAUUUAUCUCCCUUUCAACCGCUGAUUCAAGUGAGACUAGUUCUAACGGCAUGGAUUGGUUGAAGGAGCUUGCCGAAGCCUAUCAACCGUCAGGCGAAUUCCCGACUCGGGAAGACCAGCUUCGGGAUAUCUUGGAAAGGAAUAUUCCAAAUUCCAGUUUUUUGGAAGGCUGGACUUCUUUUUAUGACCUUGUCCAGUGCCCUUGGUGGAGACGCGCCUGGAUUCACCAAGAGUUCAUAUGCUCACCCAGCGUCAUUUUCAUGUACCACGACAGCACUAUUUUCUCUGCACAUACUUUGUCUCUGUCUUUUCUCCUCUUUCUCCGUCAGACCUUGCAGAGUUCUCAGAUAACUGCCUAUCUCGACUGCUUGGGGAGAGCACGGCCAGAGGAAACUAGACUGACGAACGGAGAUGGAAAUCCCCUGAGAGAGGUGCGCGAGAGAAAUACUCGGGCGUUAGACUCGCUCAAAGCCAUAGAGCUGCUACUAAACGCCAAUGAGUCGUGGAAGGGUGACGAAGACCUUAAGAAGGUCUUGGCCAGAUCUCGACACUGCAGAAGCUCUGAUCCCAGAGAUCGCAUCUUUGCUUUCCUAGGACUCGCGCACCCUGGAUAUGGUAUCGAAGCCGACUACAGCAAAUCCAACACCCUCGAUGCUGCCAUCACCCAUACGGCCAAGAAGAUUCUCGGGUUUGACCGACACUUGGAGGUACUGGCAUUUUCCGUCAGAGUGGCCAAGACAAGGCCAAACGUCUUACCGUCUUGGGUGCCAGAUUGGGCGUCGACUGAGAUUCUAGAGCAUGGCCACUUCGCACCGCUUCCAGGGCUAGACAAGCAGUUCCAGAACGACGCCGUCGGUUCAUUAGUCAUUCAUACUCCCACUGACGACAGUAAUUUCGUCCUACAAGUCCAGGGCCUACAGAUAGAUACCUUGGAUCGAAAUUGGCUGACAUGGAUGGAACGUCUUUCCAACUGGGACUUUGUGACAGCCCAGGGUUACACAGUCAGAUGCAGACCUUUUGCGCGAGAUGGAGACGAGCUCUGGAUACUUAUGGGUUCAAAGUGGCCUUUUAUUCUUCGGCCAUGCGAUGGAGGAUACAUGGUGGUGACAACGAGCCAGGACCCGUGUCUCAUUCAGGGCGCAGUGCAACUAAGCCGAUUUUGCAACUCGCUCCACCAACAAUCCACCACCAAAUGGAUCACCACACCUCAACAACAGCGUAAUUGGUUUAGUGGUAAAAUUCUCCGUUGCCAUUCGAGCAACGUCGGGGAGCCCUGGGUUCGAUUCCCAGAUUACGCAUUAGCUGCCUUGUAUGAGGCGUGGUGA